AAGGUGUUGGAUGGAGGUGUCGGCCCUGGGGUGGCGGUCAGCAGCUCAGGGCAUCAGCAGACAGAACUGUGCAGGGCUGCAGCUGCCAAGGGUGCUACUGUCCCCUUUAUCCCACAUGUCCCCUGCCCCAAGGGCAGCUAUGCCGCACAAGGCACUCCUGUUUGUGGGGUUUGUUCUCAUGGGGAGCCUUGUGGGCAGCUUCAAGUUCAUGGACAACUCCAAGUUCGUGGACAUUGACAAGAACUCGGAGUUCUUUGCCAUCUCCAUGGAGUAUGUCAUGUACAAGUUCAACGAGGCCCAGGAGGAUGAGUUUGCCUACAAGUUUCUGAAGGUUCGGCAGAGCCAGCGCAAGAUGUUUUCCUGGACCUGUUUGGUAGACGUGGAGAUGGGCCGCACAAUUUGCAAAAAGCACGAUGAAGACAUCGACAAUUGCCCAUUGCAGGAGGGUGCGGGAGAGAAACAGGUGCGCUGCACUUACAUCCUGACUUCGCUGGUGUGGUUUACCCAGUUCACCAUCUUGGAUAGCAGCUGCGUGCUGACAUCGGAAAGGGGGGUGCCUGUGGCUUCUCCUAGCAGCAAUCCUGUUCCUUCUAGAGUGUGACAAUCAGCAGCUCAAUGUGUGUGCAUCUCCUGCAGAAUUAAACGCAACUGGCAU